AUGUCUUUCAAUAUGGAUAAUGCGCGUAUUCAGUCAAGAGGAUCCGACUCUGAGUUAGCCUACGCAUCUCCUGUUGCUCCAUAUUGGAAAGGCAAGGCAUUCAUGGCGGGUGGGGACUAUCGACGACCUCAACCUUUCGACCUGGCUUACUAUGAAGGCAUCCAACCAAGAGCCUAUCGUACUGAAGCCGGCAUUAUUGGUGAUGAUGGCCGCAAGAGACGUUGCCUUGGAUGCAGUGACGACAAAGGAGACCUUAUCGACGGGUUCACCAAUGAGGUCCACCGAGUCGGUGGUCCAUAUCUAUGUUCGAUUCCCAUUCAAACCAUCGAGAACUACUCUCCCCAUGUCAUCGUUUCCCGUGUUCAGAUCCCAAAGAACAAAAUCAUCAAAACCAUCUAUGAGAUUCUGAAGAAACAUGAAAUUGAACCGUACUGCCCCGUCAAGUUCGUUGGCAGACGCUCGUGCUUUAACCCUGAGCCCCAACCUACCUUCACCUGUCUUAUCUACUGCACUGGUAUCAACCAUACAUGGCUGAAUGCUUCAAAGGAUAUUCGCCAGUUCCUGCGAUUUGAGAAAAUGCGUGAUGUAUCUGUUGAAAUCAUUCACCCGGGUUAUGAAAGCCCCCGAUACACUUUCCCGAUCCAAAAGGAUGAUCGCAUUGCUGGCCUCUGGUCAGAGGUCCGGCGUGAGAUUGCGGCUACCAUUGACUCCAAGGAUGUAAUCUCUUUUGGCUGCUACCGACGCGGCAGAAGCAAGGAUUUGAAGCACACAAUCCCUACUGUCCUUGUCCUUGUGAGUUCCCGCAGUGUUCUAGAAUGGAAGACCACUCGCGAGCAAAUUGUCGCAAUUCUGGAUAAGUUCAAAUAUCCAGAGGUGGCUGUGGAAAUCGCCAAAGAUGAAAUUCGAACCGAUCCCUCGAAGAGUGGAGGUGUUAACCGGGCGCUGUUAUCUUCUGGAAUGGCAAAGGUUGGACAAAGCAUUGCUCCCAGCCGCAACAAAAAUGAGUCCUGGUCUCUGGGUGGUUUCAUUGAGCUGUUGUCACCGGACGGUGAAUGGUGCAUGUAUGGAUUAACCUGCUUCCAUUGUGUGGUGCCUGAUGCAAAGAGUGUUCCGUCAUCUCUCGUUCCUAAGAUCAAGGAAUGGCGUGAGAAGGGCAUUGAGGCCAUGGAUAACAAAAUCCAAGAAUACCUAACCGUUGACCAGCCGACUAUCCGUGCCUUGAAGAACCAACGAAAGCGGGUCGAGUUGCAGCUUGAUACGGGAUUCCCAAACAGAGAUCCAUACCCCACCACUUACGUCGAGGGAGUGGGAAAGGCGGCUAAGAUAGACCUGAGUCUUCCGUUUCGACAGCCGGCUAGAGAGGCGAAGAAAUUUCUCGACGAACUUGACAACUUUCACAAGGACCGAGGACGGAAGUUGGGAUUUGUUGGAAUGGGAUCUGGCAUGAACCAAACCAUCAAGAAGUCCUCUACUUGGGGUGAUACUGGAGAUAGGUGGAAGGUCAAGGUUGAGUGGGCUCUCAUUGAGCUGUAUGAUGAGCGUCUUCCUAACAAUGCUGUUGAUUCUGGCUUCCUGAGAGAUUUCCCCGACGAUCAUGAUCGAGACCUCACUGAUGGCCCGCUGUAUCUCCUGGGCCAUGGCUCUGGAGCCCUCACCAAGGGAGAUUUCAACCCUCUUGCUGAUGUUGUCUACGACCGUGGCGAAAAUGGAGAGCAGAGAACACUGGCCUCGACCGUCGUUGGUAUUGGUAGCGAUCGUUUCUCAGCCCCCGGCGACACUGGAUCGCUGGUAUUCACCCGAGAGAAGUAUGUAGUUGGUAUGGUUAACGCCAGAACUUACUUUAAUUCGAUUACUUACUUCAUGCGUAUCGAGGAUAUCUACCAACAUAUCAUCAACCAUACGAGCACGGGUGAAGUACGUAUGUACCAAGGUUGA